AUGGAGAACAAGCCAAGCGAGCAUCUCAGUAACAUAUUCACAAUAACACCCACAAAUGGAUCUGGAUAUCUUGACAACAAUACGAUAAAGCAGACCAUACUUGCACAAGAAGCUACAUUCCGGGAACAGGUCAUAGAACUUCACCGUGUGUACAACGUUCAAAAGAACCUAAUGGAAUUAGAAUGCCAAAGAGGUGAAUUAAGUACACAUUCUCAAGAGAAAAUGUCUUCAUCACCAUAUGGGGGUAUAAGAACAGUCCGGCAAGUUGAGCCUCCUGCUGGACAUGAUAUGAAGAAACCAUCUGAAAAAUUCAUGAAGGGAAAAGAUUUAGUGUGUAGUUCAAAUGGAGUUUCUAUGAGGCAUAGCAGUAGUAGGCCCACACAAGAAAAACUAGCCUUUCGGGUUUCAGAUGAUGCACAUGCCAAUAAUAGUGAUGAUGAUGUGGUGAUACUAGCGGAGAAGCCUACAAAUAGUCCAGUAAGAAAUAAAAGUUCCUAUCCUUGUACAAAUGUGAAGGACCUUCAGGUUCCAGCUGAUGCGCAUGCCAAUGACAAUGAUGAUGAUGUGGUGAUACUAUUAGAGAAGCCUGCACAUAGGUGGCCAAUAACUAAUGCUUCAAUUAUUGGUACAAAUGCAAAGGACCUUCAGGUUCGAGCUGAUGCACAUGCAAAUGAUAGUGAUGAUGAUGUAGUGAUAUUGUCAGAGAAGCCUGCAAAAAGUUUGCCAAGAAAGCAUGGUUCAAUUCUUGGUACAAAUUUGAAGAACAUUCUGGUUCCAAUUGGUGCACAUGUUUAUGAUUGUGAUGAUGAUGUGGUGAUACUAUUAGAGAAGUCUGCAGACAAUUUGCCAAGAAAUAAUGGUUCAAUUAUUGGUUCAAAUGUGAAGCUUAACAGUGAGGGUUCCUCACGCGUGAAUAAGAAGUGGAUCAAUAGUUUACAACCAUCAGAUCUAUCAACAAUGGAUGUUUUGAACAAAGAAGUUGUAGGGCCAUCUUGUACUAUGGAAACAACAAACUUCCCAAGUGUGGGAAGUUCAAGUUCUCAGAACCAGGUCUAUUCGGUCGCAGGAGUGAACCUGAACCUCCCAAAUGUGAAGCUUGAAAUUGAGCCAUCCUCGCUUGUGAAAAAGAACCAUGGUAGUGGUUUACAACAAUCACAUGUCUCAACAUUGAAUGCUUUCAAUACAAAAGUGGUAGGGUCAUCUAGUAGUAUGAAAAUAGAAGACUUCCCAAGUGUGGGUGCCUCCAGUUCCCAAAACCAAUGUUAUUCAUCGCUAGGAUUGGACCUGAACCUCCCAAGCUUAGAAGAUACCUUGAAAGGAAAGCAUGAGGGUGCAGCCAUUGAUUCAAACUUCUUGGUUGCAAAUGAGGAAACACAACAUAACAAUUCAUACAUCCACAAAAAAUAUGAUCGAAGCAAUGUCAUGGAAUGCUUCACACAUGAGAAAAAAAGUGUUGAUUUCUCAACUACAAAUGAUAUGUCCAGUUGUAGCAUCCGCAAUCCAAAAACAUUUGUAGCAUCCACCUCCAAUGCUACAUCCAAAUCUCUACGGAAAAGCAACACUAAAGAUUACAAGAAUGGUCGCCUUCCAACAUUACAAGAAUAUAGUCGCCUUCCAACAUUACAAGAAUAUAGUCGCCUUCCAACACCAAAGACUACACAACCUGGAGGGGGUCAAUAUCAAAAGCAAUCCCAAUUCUAUAAUUGUGUAGAGGACAUGAAUCUGAGCAAUGGUCCUCGAGAUGCAACUGCCACUCCAGGAGAAGCAAGAGAGGAUACCCCAAUGGAAAUCUCGUGGAUCAGAAAGAAGUUGCUAAACAUGAGGAAGGGAAUCUCCAUGAAGAAGACACAAGUGCCAUCAAAUUAUCCAACUGGGCAUUCCCAGAUUUUGCCUAGUUCCAUGGCUUACUCAGAAGGUAGUUCAAAAAUUCUUGGUUCCCCUAUUAAUACAACCACCGAGAAAGAUCCUCAACUCUCGUGCACUAUGCACAAGGGCACAAAUGACACAUCCUCGAGUAAGGGUGUAGAUAACAUGGAAAUGCAAUUCCAUAACAAGGAUGACACCAAUGCCAGGAAUCUCAUCGACUUGAAUGUUGCACUACCUUUCAUGGAUGAAAUGGAGAUAGAUGCCCACGUACCAGAAAGCGACACUAUUCCUCAAGAACCAGAUGAUUCUUCUAAUCAUGUUGUGACAGCUGCGAAGAAUCUUACGGCCAUGCAUAAGGUUGAGUUCCAAGAAGGAUUACCUGAAGGUAAUAACAAUGAUGAUGACUCUAACGCUCUGAAACAAUAA